GCGGGGCUGCGGCCGGGCAGGGUCUCACGCCCGUUCGUUCGCAGGCGCGGCGGCAGAAUGCCACGAUGGACGCGGGCGGCGGCCCUCUCCUCCCCGACAGCGUCCUCUACGAGAUCUUCCUCUACCUGGACCACGUAGACGUGCUCUCGGUGGGGCUGGUCUGCCAGCAGUGGCACGCCGUGGCCCGGGACGAGUUCCUGUGGAAGGAACUCUUCUACCGCUACUACCGCAUCUCCCGGGAGGUGCCCCGGCACCCAGCUGCUGUCUCCUGGUAUGAUGAGUUCCAGAGGCUCUACGAUACCAUUCCCUGUGUGGAAGUGCAGGCCCUGAAGGAGCACAAUGACCAGGUUUUGCACCUCAGCUUUUCCCAUUCUGGCUGUUUGUUUGCGUCAUGCUCCAAAGACUGUACUGUCAAGAUCUGGAGCAAUGAGCUGGACAUCUCCCUGCAGCACAGCUCCAACAUGAGGCCGUACAACUGGAGCUACACACAGUUCUCCCAGUUCAAUUCUGACGACUCGCUCCUCCUGGUGUCUGGUGUCUUUGUGGGGCCUCACAAUUCCUCCUCAGGAGAGAUUGCUGUAAUCAGCAUGGAGAACUUCACGCUGCUUUCCAGGGUGAGGAAUAAGCCCUACGAUGUGUUUGGCUGCUGGUUGAAUGAAACCAACCUGAUAUCUGGCAAUCUGCACCGAAUUGGGCGUAUAACCUCCUGCUCUGUGCUGUGGCUGAACAACGCUUUCCAGGGGAUAGAGUCCGAGAAUGUGAAUGUAGUGAAGAGACUGUUCAAAAUCCAGAACCUGAAUGCCAGCACCAUCCGGACGGUGAUGGUGGCCGACUGCAGCCGCUACGAUUCGCCAGACCUGCUCCUGGACUACGAGGAGCAGCUCGCUGCCUCCACCUCCACCUGCCCCGUCUUUGAUCUCGGCAGUGACAGCGAGGAAGAGGAGGCCAAGCCCAAGCAAGCUCCGGAGCCAGCAGUACAGGAAUUGCUGGAUGACGUGGGUGUGCCAGCAGAGGAUGGGCUGCAGCAGCUCUUUGAUGAUAUCAUGGAGGGCCGGGUGAGGCCUGCCAUGACCGACACGGAGCUUGAGACAAAGGUGGCUGAGCUGUUCGUACGCAACAGAACUAAACCCCCUGAGCUGAACCUGCUCUCCACAGACAGCAACAGCAAGACAAAGUACUUAAUCUUCACCACAGGAUGCCUCACCUACUCCCCACACCAGAUAGGGAUUAAAAGGAUCCUGCCCCACCAGAUGACGACUGCUGGGCCUGUGCUCGGGGAGGAGAGGCGCUCGGAUGAGUUCUUUGACUCCCUGGAUCACGUCAUUGACAUCCAUGGGCACAUCAUUGGCAUGGGCCUCUCUCCUGAUCACAGGUACCUGUACGUGAACAGCCGAGCCUGGCCCCGCGACUGCGUCAUCUCUGACCCCAUGCAGCCUCCCCCCAUCGCUGAGGAGAUCGACCUGCACGUGUUCGACCUGAAGACCAUGAAGGAGGUGAAGAGAGCACUGCGGGCGCACCGGGCCUACACACCUAAUGAGGAGUGCUUCUUCAUCUUCCUGGAUGUCAGCAGGGACUUCGUAGCAAGCGGGGCAGAGGAUCGCCACGGCUACAUCUGGGACCGGCACUACAACAUCUGCCUGGCCAAGCUGCAGCACGACAACGUGGUCAACUCGGUGGCGUUCAGCCCGGUGGAGCAGGAGCUGCUCCUCACGGCCAGCGAUGACACCACCAUCAAGGUAUGGCGCUCGCCCCGCGCCGUCCGCAGCCGCCAGGCCCGGAGGCCCCGGCCCAGGAAGCUGCUCUUCUCCUGGCUCUUGAACCAGAAAAGCUGAACCUGGGUCCCCCUGCGCCUGCAGCUUCUCACUGCAGCCACCUCCUCUGGAGCCUGCAGAGCCCAAGGCCCUGCGCAAGAGCACUGAAUCCCAUCCACUGGGUCAGGAGGGGCCCCAGUACUGGGAAUUGCUUCCUCCUUGGAGCACCUGCUCCAGAGACAGAAUGUAAGAGCCAAGGGCCUGCUCCUGGACACUGCGGACACAGCCUGAGCUGGUCACUGCAGGGUGGGCUCCCCACAGCUUCUCACAAACGCUGCUACUUGGUCACAGCUCGCUCUGGGUGAGCUCUGGUCUCCAAGAACAGACUGAGGUGCGUCCCCAGCGCUGGUACUGCUGAGCCUGCGACGGGGCUGACCUUGCAAGAGCUGCCUCUGCAGAGCACUUGGCAGAGCCCCACGCAGCGCUGCUGCUGCACUGCAGGACU